AUGACUUACAUACUUGGAAACGAAUUUGGUAAAGACAUCGGUGAAAUCCGAGAAAAUGGGCAGCAAGAGUUAAGAGAAAGUUAUGAUUUUCUUGCCAAUUUAGCUGCCAACCAUUACAGCACCACCAGAUCCACAUCUAAGAAGGGAAAAUUGGAUGUCGAUGCUUAUGCUCUAUUGUCCUCACAAGUGGCAGCCUUGAACCUGAAGAUCGAUUCUUUGAAGGCUCCUCAGUCUAGUACUCCCCCAAUGAGUAUCAAUGCUAUGUCUAGUGUAGCUCCAGUGACAACUUCUUACUGCGAAGUAUGUGGAAUCCAAGGUCACUUUGGUCAUGAGUGCUCUUAUAGUUUACAGGAUACUACGCAAUUGGAGCAAAAUCCUCAACCCCAACAACAAUGGUCGCAACCACAGUUCCAUCCACCUCAACCACAUGUUGCUAGGCCUCCAUUUCAACAAGGAGCCUCACAUAAUUCUCCCCCGGGGUUUAAUAGGCCCCCGCAUCAAGGAUAUCAACAACCCCCUCAGAGCAGUGCUACUCCAGAGCCUAACAUGGGUGAUCUGUAUAAGCUCAUUGCAAAUAUGCAGAAGACCGCAGAGAUAGAUCAAAAGAACCAUGAUGAGAGCAUCAAAGAGUUGAAGAAUCAGAAUAGAAUGUUGGAGAAUCAAGUUGCUCAACUUGCUGACACUCUAUCUCAAAGGCAACCGGGUACACUACCAGGGCAACCUACUCCGCCCCAGAACAGAGAAAGUGUCAAUGCUAUCACUCUUAGAAGUGGCACUAAAUAUAAUGGACCCCCGAUGCCCACUGAUGAUGCAACUCUUGCUAAGGAGAACACAUAUGGACCAGGGAAAGCAAUUGAUGCAGAGCCUCAAGUCCUGGAAGUUGGUAAUGCUGAUGAUGUUGGUGCAAAUAAGGGGAAAGAGAAGAAUUCUGAUUCUCUCCCUAUUGUGCCUAAGUUACCUUUCCCUCACCGGAUGCAGAAAACUAAGGUCGAUCAACAGCUUGGUAAGUUCUUGGCAAUGGUCAAGAAUCUUGAGGUAACGGUCCCUUUUACUGAUUUAAUAUCUCAAGUUCCUGUUUAUGCAAAAUUUUUGAAAGAGAUGAUCACUAAGAAAAGGGAUUAUGGUGGUGUGGAGAGAGGCGCUCUAACUGAAGAGUGUGGUGCCAUAUUGCAAAAUAAGUCUCCACCCAAACUUAAGGAUCCGGGUAGUUUUUCCAUCCCCUGUCAUGUAGGUGCAUUGUUCAUUAAUAAAGCAUUAUGUGAUUUAGGUGCAAGUGUGUCUGUCAUGCCCCUUUCUGUCUGUAAUAGGUUGAAUAUGGGAAAACUAAAAUGCACACAAAUCACUUUGCAAAUGGCAGAUCGUUCUAUAAAAUAUCCUUUAGGUAUUUUGGAGGAUGUUCCUGUCCGGGUGGGAAAAUUCUACAUUCCUGUUGAUUUUGUGGUGCUAGAUAUGGAGGAGGAUAGUCAAAUCCCCAUAAUUUUGGGUAGGCCAUUUUUAUGUACUGCAGGUGCUGUUAUUGAUGUCAAGUCUGGGUCUCUUACUUUGAGUGUUGGUGAUGAUACUGAUACUUUUAAUCUAACCAAUGCUGUGAAGUCUCCUAUGCUUGAGAAUACUGGUUGUAGGAUUGAUAUUGCAGAAGAAAAUUCUCUAGACAACAUUCCUAGAAUGUUGUAUGAUGAUCUAUUGCUGGCGACUCUCACCUUGGAAGCCCAUAAAGGAGAAGGAGAUUGUGAGAUUGAUUCCUUGAUCUCGGAUUUAGAUGGAAUUGAAGUUGAGAAGGUCAAUGGUUUUGAGGUAUUGGCAACUGUUUUCUCUAUUUCCGAGCCACAGGUAACGAAGGUAGAACUAAAACCAUUACCAUCUCACCUUAAAUAUGCAUUUCUUGAUGAUAAUGAGGAUUUUCCUGUGAUCGUUAAUGCUGCACUCGACGAUAGCCAGCUUUCUAAGCUUCUGACCGUGCUACGUAUGCACAAAAAGGCAAUCGGGUAUAGCAUUGACGAUCUCAAGGGCAUUAGUCCUGACUUUUGUAUGCAUAGAAUUAACUUGGAAGCGGAUCACCGCCCUCGCAUACAGCCACAACGUCGUUUGAAUCUUAAUAUGCAAGAUGUGGUGAGAAAAGGGGUAGUGAAACUACUUGAUGCGGGCAUCAUCUAUCCCAUAUCAGAUUCUAAAUGGGUGAGCCCGGUGCAAGUCGUUCCUAAGAAGGGGGGGACAACGGUCGUUAAGAAUGAUAAGGAUGAGCUUAUCCCCACUCGUGUUGUCACAGACGACCAGGAGAAGACGACGUUCACCUGUCCAUAUGGAACUUUUGCAUACCGCAGAAUGCCGUUUGGUUUGUGCAACGCCCCUGCUACAUUUCAAAGGUGUAUGAUGGCCAUCUUUUCUGACUUCAUCGAGGAUAUCAUGGAGUGCCACUUUAUGGUCAAUGAAGGAGUGGUACUUGGUCAUCUUAUUUCUGAGCGUGGCAUCCAAGUUGACCGAGCAAAAAUUGAGGUGAUCGAGAAACUUCCCCCUCCCGUGAAUGUCAAGGGAGUGAGGAGUUUUCUCGGUCAUGCGGGUUUCUAUCGCCGUUUCAUAAAAGAUUUUUCUAAAAUUGCGAAACCCCUCACUCAAUUACUGCUCAAGGAUGCCACAUUUGAGUUCACUGAUGCUUGUUUGGAGUCUUUUGACAGGAUAAAGAAAGCAUUGAUAACUGCUCCGAUCAUUCAGCCUCCGGAUUGGGAUUUGCCGUUCGAAAUUAUGUGUGAUGCGAGUGAUUAUGCUGUUGGAACAGUGCUUGGCCAAAGAAAGAACAAGGUGUUGCAUGCCAUCUAUUAUGCAAGCAAAACCUUGGACGGAGCUCAGAUGAAUUAUGCUACUCCUGAGAAAGAGCUCCUUGCGGUUGUUUAUGCACUUGACAAAUUUCGGACGUAUCUUGUUGGUUCGAAAGUCAUUAUACACACUGAUCAUGCCGCUUUGAAGUAUUUGUUGGCCAAGAAAGAGGCCAAACCAAGACUUAUUCGAUGGAUUCUUCUUCUCCAGGAGUUUGAUUUGGAGAUUCGGGAUAAGAAGGGUGCUGAGAAUGUUGUUGCAGAUCAUCUCUCUCGGUUGAAAUUUCAAUCUAGCACAGACGGGCCUAUCAAUGAUUCUUUUCCUGACGAUCAUCUAUUCUCUGUGUCUUCUUAA